GCACUGACAAACCAGCUGAUAGCAACCACGGUGGAGCCGUGCUCCUGCUGCCACCUGCGGAUUCACAUGAACGAUCAGAAUGGCUCCGAGGUGCUCAACUUGAACCACCACUGCUGUGACUGCUCCCUGCUCUGUUGGGGCUGUCCCUGCGGCUGCCAGGAGACGAACUUCCAGGUGUACGACCACGGCCAGACGGUGGGAAACAUCAAGCGACAGUUCAAUGCCCAGCAGGCACUUGGGAUGAUCACGGGGGUAAAUGCCGACUCCGACCAGUUCCAUGUCGACUUCAAGGAGGUUCAAAGCCCCGAGUGGAAGGCCGCAUUGAUUGCCAUGGCUCUUUUCCUUGAUUAUUGCUACUUCGUGAAGGGAGGCAAGGAAGCGCGAAGAGAAAGUGCACUCGGGAGGGCGGUACAAGUUGAGCGCCGUUGGGAGAAUGAUCGCUGA